GCAGAUGGAUUCAGAAAAUGAUGAAUGGAUAUUAGAUGAAUAUAAUAGUGAAGAUGACAAACAACCAGGUGGUUGGUCCCUCCCCACAAACGGUACAUGUGCUCUAAUUCAUGAUGAAGGUGAUUUAUCGGAUUUUUCUGAGCCAGCUACGAUACAAUCUUUGAUGGAAUUAAAGAGCAUUCAUGGUUCCGAAUCCUCAGCAAGUGAAGAUGAAGUUGACUCGGGGCAAAUUCAAGAAGUCAUAGGGAGGCUAACUUCAGGUUGGAACAAUCAUUUGCAUCUAUUGAUGAUUUUUAUGAAGCCGUUAGAAGCUAUGGGAUUCAAAAUAUGUAUAAUUUGACCUUUGUGAGGAAAGAUAAGACAAGAUGUCGUGUAAAGUGUGUGAAGGACUCCCCGUGGCUUAUAUAUUGUUCCAAAGUUGGAAAUUUAGAUACCUUUAAGGUAAAAACCUUCAUCUCUAGCCAUAAUUGUCAAAAGGAGGGAGUGAAAGCAAAAUUUGCCAAUACCAAGUGGCUGGGAAAUAAAGUAAUCGAAGAGUUUAGAGAACAUCCAAAAAUGGGAGGUGAAGAAUUAAGGGAUCUUAUAUAUAAGAAAUAUAAUGUCACAAUUAGCAUUGCAAAGGCUUAUAGAGUAAAGGCAUAUGCUUUACAAUCACUUCAUGGCAAUGUCGCUCAACAACAUUCUAAGUUACCAGGUUACUGUGCAAAGUUACUAAAGACUAACCCUGGAUCAUCCGUAGAAUUGUUGUUAUCAAAACACGGUGCAAGUGGUCCAUCAAGAUUUGAUAGAAUAUACAUAUGCAUAGAUGCGUGUAGAAAGGGAUUUUUAAAUGGAUGCCGACCACUUAUUGCAAUAGACGGAUGCCAUCUAAGUGGAUACUAUCGUGGUCAGCUUCUUGCAGCAGUGGGUCUUGAUGGGAACAAUGGCUUGUUCAUUAUAGCGUAUGCUAUAGUUUCAUCUGAAACUAGAGAGACAUGGUUGUGGUUCUUAAAUAGUUUGUUGACUGAUAUUGGACAAACAUCCAUACAUGGAGAGAGAUGGACAUUCAUAUCUGAUCAAGGAAAGGUAAAUACUUAAUUUGUUUACAUGCUUUAUCGUUAAUGCUUAUAUGCUUGGUUUACAAAUUUGUUUUGUUUUUGCUUGAUUAAUAGGGUCUUGUAGCUGCACUGCAAGAACUAUAUCCUUCACCAUAUCAUCGCUUUUGUGUACGUCAUUUGUAUAUGAACUUUGAGAAAAAAUGGAAGGAUGAACAGUUGAGAUCGCUAUUUUGGUUAGCUGCAAAAUCUACUACUACGUGUGAUUUUGACAGAUACAUGAAUAAGAUGAAGGCUAAAGAGUACACUGCAUGGGAAUAUCUCACUCAAGUAGGUGUUGAGAGAUGGAGUAGAGCACAUUUUCAAAAUCACGUUAAGUGUCACGUGUUCUCAAGUAGCAUUGUUGAGUGCUUCAAUGGAGUCAUAAAAAGGUACCGAGACAAUCAUGUUGAUAUCCUUAUCGACAAUAUAAGGAUUAUUAAAGCAAUGAAAUUAAUGAGGAAAAAAAAGAAUAAGAUGAGGCUCACUGGAAGUUUUAUAUGUCCAGAGAUACUAAAGAAAUUGAAUGCAUGCAUCAUGGAAUCUACUAGGUGGAAUUCUGUUUCAUGUGGGGAAGUUAUAUUUGACGUUUCACUAUGGCCUAAAAGGUUUAUUGUUCACCUUGAGAACAACACAUGUACUUGUAGGAUGUGGGACUUAACAGGUGUGCCUUGUAUCCAUGCUUGUGCUGCUAUAAUGUCUAUCAAGGCCAGGCCAGAAAAUUAUAUACAUGAAUAUUUUACAAGAGACUGUUUUUUAAGAGCCUAUGAGUAUGAAAUAAAUCCAAUGGGAGGUCCUGAUUUUUGGCCUAAAACUAAUGAUGAGCUCAUACAACCACCUUUACUAAAGAGGCCACCAGGGAGACCAAAAAAGCAAAGGCACAAAUCAUCACUGGAAAGGAAGGAUCCACACAAAGCUAAGAGAAAAUAUGGAAUGAUUAGGUGUGGUAAAUGCAAACAAUUUGGCCAUAACAAAAGGUCCUGUAAAGAGAAAGAGAAUGAACAGGAGCUGACAUGAGGAUGUUCCAUUUUCACAAUCCAGAGAAA